AUGAACAUGCUGCAAGAGCAGAUGGACCCACACUCUUUAAGGCUCAAAGUUGUAGGAACUAGGAAUACAAGCGACUUGGAUAUUGGGAUCAAAGGGCCAGCCCGGAGCCGAAGGAGACCGUCGUCAUCGUCGUCGUCGUCGGCUACAGUUCGGUGUCGGCUCGUCAUCGUCGUCGUCGUCGGCUCGUCGUCAUCGGCUCGUCGAGUGCAGAGGCGAGACGAGAGCGGGGGAGGCUCGUCGGUGGUGGUUUUCGAGUGCUACUGUGCUAGGGUUUCUCCGCUCGUCGUCGUCGGCUCGUCGUCGUCGGCUCUCAGAUUAUUUUUACUAAUGUCUCAUUCUAAAGUGGGUGAAAAUGAGACUGUUGAAGAUUUAAGGAAUGAGGAUGAUAGAAAUGAAGAUACUGCUGAAAAUAUUUGUGACAAUUCUUCUAGAAAAAGAUCUUGGGUAUGGAAUCACUUUAUCGAGGAAAAAAAUUCUGAAGGGUCAAUAGCUAAGUGCAAAUAUUGUAAAAAAGUUUUAAGUGGGAGCACUAAAGGAGGAACGAGUCAUCUAAAACGUCAUCUUGAAAAUGUUUGCAAGAGGUAUCAAAAGAAUUCGACUAAUCAGUUGCUCUUACUACCAAGUUCAAAAGAUCCGAUAAAGUGUUUCAAAUUCAAUCAAGAAGAGAGUAGAAAAAUUCUUGCAAAAUUUAUCAUAUGUGCUGAGCUUCCAUUUCGUAUUGUUGAGCACACUGUUUUUCUGGAUUUUAUGAGAUCUCUUCAGCCAUUAUUCAAAAUUAUGGGUCGUAAGACUGUAAAACAUGAUUGUAUGGCUUUGUAUCAAGAAGAGAGGAAAAAAUUGCAUGAUGUAUUCAAGAACCUAAGUUCUCGAGUUAGUUUCACUACUGAUAUUUGGACAUCAAAUCAGAAAAUCGGUUACAUUUCUUUCACAGCACAUUAUAUUGAUUCUGACUUUACUCUGCAUAAGAAGAUUAUUAGUUUCAAGAAACUUCCAUACCCUCACACCAGCUUUGCAAUUGAAGAUGCUGUAAAAAAAUGUCUUGUUGAAUGA